GCCUUCGGUGCAGUGGGUACAGACUUUCGUACGCCGGAAUCGGGAGCAGUCACCAUGAGCCCUUUCCUGCUGAUUGUCUGUCUCCUACCCGUCACCGUGCUCGCGGGUGGAUGGAACAAAAAUUGCAUCAAGAAGCCUGUUGGGUUCGGCUACAGGACAACAGGAGGUCAAGGGGGCAGGACCGUAACUCCCAAGAACAUCCAGGAGCUCAAGAACUACUUGGGAAGCAAGGAAAAACUGAUCAUCGUCCUGGACAGAACUUAUGACUUCACCAACUCCGAGGGCUGGGCGACUAGUUCCGGGUGCGUCAUAUUGAAGUGUGGCGGUGGAUACCAGGAGUCGUUGGCCCACGCCGGUACCUGCAAUGGCAGGCCACUAACCAAGGUCAAGUACGCGAAGGCCGGCACCACAGAGAUCAUCGUGGGCUCCAACAAGUCCAUCUUGGGCAAGAACGGCAAAGGCGUCAUCAAGGGCAAAGGACUUCGCAUCAAGAACGCUCAGAACGUCAUCAUUCGGGACAUCAGCAUCACAGACAUAAACCCGAAAGUCGUCUGGGCAGGCGACGCGCUGGCCUUCGACAACGUGAAGAACGUGUGGGUGCACGGCGUCACCUUCGCGCGAAUUGGCCGUCAGCAUCUCGUGACCUAUCAGCAGCAGAACACGGGCAUCACCGUGUCCUCUUGCUUCUUCGACGGCACCUCCAAGAACUCGGCGUUCUGCAACGGUGCCCAGUACUGGAUCUGGCUGUUCUGGGGCACGCGCGACGAGAUCACUCUCAUCAACAACCACGUGUUCAAGACGGCGGGGAGGACCCCGCAUGCGGGCGGAUGGAGCAAAGCCCUGUCCUACGUGCACAUGAUUGGAAACUACAUGGAUUUGAACCCUCACACUGGAAUCGAGCCGAGAUCAGGAUCGAACAUUCUCGCCGAAGGCAACGUCUUUAAGCAGUACACCAACGUUAUUAACCCUCAAGCCAAGGGUGGCCACCUCGCCUUGGUUAAUAACGCCAAGCAAGCCGCCACCUGCAAGAAGUACUUCGGGCAGAACUGCAAGGUGAACUCUCUGCAGGGUUCCAAGUCUACAACGUGGUUCGACGAGAGUGUCCUUCAGGCGUUCAGCAAGCUAGACAGGAAUGCUAUUAACGGUGCACGCGCUGCCUCCUGCCUGUAGUGCCGGGCCACGGUCAUCGGCUGCAACAGUGUAGUGGCCGGCGCGGGGAAUGUCGAGUCGUUUAUACCCUGGAGUGCUUAACGCGCACCUUUGAGAAAAUAAAAUUGAUUGAUGCAGAAUUUAUA